UCUCCACGGUUUUCUCCAAAUAAAUUCCCUCCCCAAUCUCUAGGUCAAAUUUUCGCUAGAUUUCUCAUUUUUAUUGGGAAAAUUUUCAUAUCUGGACAUCGGCAUGGGCUGAGCCCCCUACGGGCCCUUGAUUUCCUCCACAAAAUCCUUCAAGGGUUCUGUUGUCGUUUACAUUUAUCUGGAAGGAUUGAUGGUUUUUUAUAUGGUAAACGAUCUCCUUUGAAGGGGUGGGGGGGUUCAGAAACUAUUUGGUGCGACGAAAUCUUCCAUUGAGUAGGGUGGUUUGUUUUUGACUGAUUUGAUGAACGUUUGCUAUAAAUAUGGAGUCUGAGAGUGAGCAGCCUGAGGCAACUGUGAUCAAAUGGUGUGAUUGUGGGUGUGAUUGUUGUUCUGCAAAAUUUGACGGAUCAUAUUCUGGGGCAUGGGUUCGCUCCAUGAAGAGAAAGCUUGAUGAGAGAGAUGACGAUAAAUUGUUCAUUCCUGGUCUUUUGAUUCCUGAUGUGGCUCGUGUAGACAUUGGAAAUGAAUGUGUUGCGUUGCGGGAGAUGGUUAGCAGCCAACAACAAACCAUUCAAGAGAUGUCGGAUGAAUUGGAUGAGGAGAGAAACGCCGCUUCCUCGGCCGCCAAUGAGGCCAUGUCGAUGAUCUUGAGGUUGCAGCGUGAAAAGGCUGAAGUCCAGAUGGAGGCCCGGCAAUUCAAGCGUUUUUCUGAGGAGAAGAUGGCUCAUGACCAGCAAGAGAUUAUGUCAAUGGAGGAUUUCUUGUACAAGAGAGAACAAACCAUACAAGCUCUGACUUGUGAGGUGCAGGCAUAUAAACACAGGAUGUUUAGUUAUGGUCUCACAGAAUCCGAAGUAGAGGGGCUGAACGGUGGUUUGACACGCAGUAAUAGUCUUGGCACAAACCUGGAGAACCAAUAUGAGUUCCCUGCAUAUAAUUACCCUCCUCUAAAAUGCCAUUUGAUUGAAAAUCAUGUGGAUCCCGAGUUUGACAAUGGGACAGUUGAUAUAGAGCAGUAUGCAUUUGGCGAGUCCCCACAUUCUCUGAGAGAUAUAGAAGAAAGGAUCAAUCAAUUGGAGACGAGUCCUAAUCAUAGUCCAGUGCUGGAGAAGGUGAUUGUUGGUCACUCACCAUGGCUGCAGGAUCAUUCACAGAAGUUAUCUACUGAUAAUGCUGAAUCAUUCAUCGCAACUAAAGAAGACUUUGUGUCUGAUUCUCCUGAUCUCAAGAAGGUGGAGAGUGCAUCCGAAUUUGGAGAUGACAUGAGUGACAGGAUAUAUACCGUUGACUCUAUUCAUAAUGCAGCAUCUUUUGAUGAUGAUCUCAAGGCUAAUCGUGGUGUAUAUGAUGAUCUUGAUAGUACUCGAAAUGAUUCAUCAUAUCGCACCGAUAUUGGGGAUAUAGAGGUGAAGAAGCUAUAUGCAAGGCUUCAUGCCCUGGAGGCAGACAGGGAAUCCAUGAAGCAGGCACUCAUGUCCAUGCGGACCGAUAAAGCACAAUUGGUACUGCUUAAGGAAAUAGCUCAGCAUUUGUACAAAGACAUGUCGCCACCAAGCAGGAUGCCUGUUAAGAAGCGAUCUGUGUUUGGGAACUUUACCUUUUUCGUGCUGUUCAAGUGGAUCGCAUCAUUUCUUUUUUGGAGAAGGAGAGCACGUCAAAGCAAAUACAUGUUUGGUAUGUCGGUCAAUAACGUGGGGUUGCGAAUGGUGUUAGACAAGGGACCGCAAAUGGGGCAAUGGAGGUGUCUUUCAAGAACGCAGUUGUUGAAAUAUUGAUUUGGACUUUCUGCCAGGUUUAAACAUCUACAACACACUGUUUGGUUUUUGGAUUUUAUAUAAAUAAUUUCUUUGGGGAUCAUAGUGGGGGAAGUGUUGGUUGCUUUUGAUCUUUUGAAAUUGGACUGGUUGAUUAGCGAGUGUUGAAGAAAAUGUGGAUACAAAUAUAGUGAGUGGUAGGAGAAGAUUGGCGCCCUGGUUUGUAAGGUGUUCUUGAAUGCAUGAAUAUUAUUUGGUGUCUAUUGCAUUGUAAAUUACGAAUAUGAUUUGGUGGAUAUGAAGUUGAAGAUUGCAGGUUU